AUGGGUGACGCCGAUGACCCUCGCCUGGCACCUUUCUACGAGGAGAGCUCUCCCAAACCGGGCGAGUCAAUGGCCGACUUCACUGCUCGGGAUCAGAUCCGACGGUGCGAGCUGAUCCUCGAGCGGCCCCUCACCGAGGCGGAAGCAGACAUCAUCCGAUCGACCUGCCGGGAGCUGGGACGGCGCAGGGCCUCUAGCGAGGUCAGCGAGCCCGCAACGAUCCAUUCCCCGCCAAGGGCCCCAUUCCAGGGGGGGCAGGACCACGCCAGCGACAAUCCUGCAUCGGCCGGCGAGGCCGACGACCUCCACCAGCAAGUCGCCGAGUUGCGCGGCAGGGUCGAAGCUCUCGAAGCCUGGCUCGAGGAGGCCGAUCAGAAGCCACCUGCCUCGGGACAGGGGCAUCUCGACGAGGCCAGGGCCGACAUCGCCCAGCUCAGGCAAGAAAAGGAGGCUGUUGAGACAAAGCUUGCGUCGGUCGAGCUGGAGCUACAGACCCUGAAGGCCGAGAUCAGCGAGCUCAGGGCCCGCUUACCCCCCUACGACGAGGCAGUGCCCGAGCCGGACCGCGAGCCCGGUAACGUGACGCACAACCGCGGAGGAAGGCAUCCAUCUGACCGGCGGGCCCAAGGCGCCGGUUACGUUUGGUCUGUGAGCAUCGCAUUGGCCCUGUUGGUGCUGGCGUGGGUAGUCCCCGAGGCGGUUCUGCACAGCAAGCGGCUCUCGGAAGGGUACGGGCCGUACAUCAACGGCGGUUACAACGGCUUGGGUAGCGUUCUCAUCUUCGGCUCGUGGACCAAAUUUUUCUUGUUUGCUCUGAUGCUCUGGUUUCUGGGUUAUUCUGCGGGCUUGAAUCGGCGACGAGUGUGA